GUACAAGGUAGAAAACAACGCUGGCCCUUUAAGACGGGAGUGAUCGCUCCGCUGGCGACCGUUCCGCGGUAUUAUCGAGCUCCAAGACUACCAACACACAUGAGCUAGAUGGAAUUAUAACAAUGGAAUAUCAUUGCGUUCUGUUUACUGUUCUGUUGCAGUUAAUCGUCCAACCAGCCAGGUCCAGGCCCACCAUCAUCCCCGAAGGACCCCAGGUCACAGUACCACUGAACAGUGACUUCAGCUUGAGUUGCCAGAGUGACAGUUCAGUGCGCUGGCUGCGAGAAGACCGUCCCACACGGAUCCUUAAGGAACAAAGACAGGGUCAAGUGACAGUUCUUAAAGUGAACAAAGCAGGCCCACAACACAUGGGCAAAUAUUCAUGCCGUGAGGAGGCAUCUGGUGAAAAGAGCUCCAUCUAUGUGUAUGUAAAAGCAUUCCUCUCAGCAGAUCCUGAAAAUCCCUUCAGGAGGAACAUCAUGUUUGACUUUGUUGCGGGAGAAGGAGAAACAACCACGAUCCCAUGCUUGGCCACAGACCCACAUAUGACAGACUUGCACCUGCAAAAAUGUGACGGACAGUCCCUGCCCAACAGCCUACGAUAUUCAUCCAGUAUUGAGACAGGCAUAACGCUGGAAGAUGUCAGGAAGGACUUUGAGGGUUGUUACGUCUGUGUCGGGACUCUGGAAGGCAACACAGUUAAAUCCGGACAAUAUCAACUCAAUGUUCGCCUCGUUCCAGACGUGCCUCCUGUGAUCACACUGGGUCAGCCUCCGAGAGUGAUGCUCAUCCAGGGGGAAGAACUCUCCCUAUCCUGCAACACCUCAAACGUCAACAGCGACAUCACAGUCAGGUGGAAGGCUCCACAAGGAGUGCAACCGUCAGUGCAGCAGUUCUCAAGUAUCCUGACCGAGCCCAUUUCUCACCUGAGGAACGCCACCUUGAAUCUGGGGUCUGUGACCAUGCAGGAUGCAGGGAUUUACAACUGCGAGGCCAGGAACGAAAGAGGGACCAGUGCAAAGACGGUCUGGGUCGAAAUCUAUGAGAAAAGCUUCAUUAACCUAACAAGUGUGAAUAACAGCACUAAGAGAGUGCGGGCUGGAGAAAGUCUGUCCCUGCGUGUGGUAAUGGAUGCUUACCCGAAACCUCAUCCAUUUUCCUGGAGCUACAGUGGUGUAAAACUUACCAACACUACUGAUCAUGUCAUUACCAGUCACUCACAUGGGAAUCGGUACACCAGCGAGCUGAAGCUAGUGCGUCUCAAGGUGUUGGAAAGUGGCGUUUACACCUUUUCAUGCUCAAACCGAGACGCAACAGUUCAUCAAAUGUUCGAAGUCCAUGUCAUAAGUAAACCACAGAUUGUGUCCCAUGAAGGGCCGAUUGAUGGACAGGUGCGCUGUGUGGCUGAAGGUUACCCCACUCCUCAGAUCAAGUGGUAUUACUGUGACCAACCCCAUUCAAGGUGCUCCAAUUUGCUGAAUGCCACUCAAGAGGAGGAGGAUGUUGUUACUGUAACCAUGACAAAUCCUCCUUUUGGGAAAGGCACAGUAGAAAGUCGUCUAAACAUCACCAAGAACAGUUACUCCACCCUUGAAUGCGUGGCAUCUGCCAGUGGAGAAAUCGUUUACACUCUCUUCUCUAUCAGCGAGAACACUGUUCCUCAUGAACUUUUCACGCCGUUGCUCAUCGGUUUUGUUGCUGCGGCUGUUAUCCUUGUUCUCAUCCUGAUUGUGCUGUCCUACAAGUACAUGCAGAAACCUAAAUACCAAAUACAGUGGAAAGUCAUAGAAGGUAUCCAUGGAAAUAGCUAUGUGUAUAUUGACCCCACCCAGCUUCCAUACGACCACCUGUGGGAGUUUCCCAGAGAUAAACUGCGUUUUGGAAAAACUCUCGGAUCUGGAGCAUUUGGGAAGGUGGUGGAGGCCACUGCAUAUGGGAUGUCCAAAGCAGACACUGUGAUGACCGUAGCUGUGAAGAUGCUCAAACCAAGUGCCCAUGCCACUGAGAAAGAGGCUCUGAUGUCAGAGCUGAAGGUGCUUAGUUAUCUUGGCAACCAUAUUAACAUUGUCAACCUGCUAGGGGCCUGCACUAUUGGAGGUCCAACUCUAGUUAUAACGGAGUACUGCUGUUUUGGUGACCUGUUGAACUUCCUGCGCAGAAGGAGAGAAUCCUUCUACUACACUACACUGGGAGAAGACUCUUACUAUAGAAACGUCAUGCUGCAGCCAGAAAAAAAUGAGAGCAGGAAUGGAUACGUGACCAUGAAGCCCUCUGUAAUGGGAAUUCUGUCCUCAGAAAACCGAAGAUCACUUAAUAAAGGUGAUUCAUACAGCGAUUCGGAUGCCGUUAGUGAGAUUCUGCAUGAAGAUGGCAUGACUCUGGAUACUGAGGAUCUUCUUAGCUUCUCCUACCAAGUAGCCAAAGGGAUGGAUUUCUUGGCAUCCAAGAACUGUAUUCACAGAGACCUGGCAGCCAGAAACAUUCUCCUCACCCAAGGCCGCGUGGCCAAGAUCUGUGAUUUUGGACUAGCCCGGGACAUCACUACUGACUCAAACUAUGUUGUUAAGGGCAAUGCUCGUCUCCCGGUGAAGUGGAUGUCCCCCGAGAGCAUCUUUGAGUGCGUGUACACCUUCGAGAGUGAUGUCUGGUCUUAUGGUAUCCUGCUAUGGGAGAUCUUCUCUCUCGGGAGUAGUCCUUACCCGGGUAUGCCUGUGGACUCUAAAUUCUAUAAGAUGAUCAAGGAAGGAUUCCGAAUGGAGUCACCGGAGUUUGCCCCGAGUGAAAUGUACGAGAUCAUGCACUCAUGCUGGGAUGCCAACCCCUUUAAAAGACCUUCAUUUAGCAAGAUAGUGGAGAAGAUUGAACAGCAAAUCUCAGACAGCACCAAACAUAUUUACUUAAACUUCAGUUCCAGGUUGCCUGUGGCACCGGGGUCCCAUGAGGAGUCCAGUUCUCACGUCCAGCGGCUAAACUCAGUCGGCAGUCACAGCACCACCACUCAACCCCUGCUCUCCAGCAACGAUGUCUUCUUGGAAGGGACAAGUCCACUUCACCCUCUGGUGUGAAGCUCCAAUUCUCAGCAAAAACCUGGCGUUCUGGCAGAUGCCAUUCAUCUCUCUUUGCCCUGGCUAAGCGUCAUUGUAGCUGUCUGACAUACAUGAGGACUUUGGUGGGAAGCACUGAUCAUAAAUCUCUUUUUGGAUCCAAGAGCAGUCAUAUUCUUUCCAUUCAACUUUCUCCCAGAUUGUGUAUAUAAGCCCCCCUGCCAGAAAGGACAGUGAUGGAGUGCAUUCCUAUUAACAUUUCAUGUAUUCUUUGGAAUUGUGGGAUAUUUAGAAUUUUUGAGAAAGCUAAUAAUCAAUGCUGGUAUCAUUCCAUGGUACUAUAUCUCCAACGUGAGUCUGCAAGAGGACUGAACUUAUUUUCUAUAAAAUUCCUUUGCUUCAUUAUAUGGGAUAUAUAUAUAUAAACACAAAAAUGCUUCUUUUGCUAACUGUCGAGUCUUUACAAGUGAUAUAAGUCAAUCAGGCUGAUUCAAGUCUGAGACUAGAUGAAAUCAUCACAGCGAAAACAAUAGAAAUUAGACUUUCCCAAAACAUCUCUGUUUGACAUGACUGUCAGUAGCAAAAGUGUCUGGCGUGAGCGUUAACCAGUUAUUUUCCUAUCAACUAUUUCACAGGUCGCAGGCAGCUCAUAAAUUCAAAUAUCAACCACAUAAAAGGCUACACUAUUUGGAAACUAUAUGUAUAAGCAGCAAUAACAGCAUUGUAACAUUGACUGCAUGAUCAUGUUGCUGCGCAAGCCAAAAACAAGCUACUUAUUGCAUGUUUUGUUCAGGAUAGUAUUUUGUCAGUUGGCAGCUGAAACUGUUUUAUGUUUAAAUAGACCAAAUUAAGGUGCAUUUCAGUUCACUGUCAGGAAAGGUGUUGAGACACGAAGAGGCAAUUCAUCAAUCACAAUUCAUGGUUUACUUUAAACACUCAGUGAAAUAUUGGUUACAUAGCAGUAUUAUAUUGUUGGCUUGUGUUGUGUUUUUCCUUUCAACCAGGAAGUGUAAUUUGGGAGCGCAAAAUGAUCCACUCAAGCAGUAAUUCAAGCUUGAGGCAUCAAACUUUUAGACAGUGUUUCUUUUAGGGAUCACAGUAGACAGUUUCUUCCACUUCUCCUAUGUGUUUUAAGGAAAAUAUUUGGAAAUAAUACUUAUUUGUAUGGCACAGACGUAGCUUGUUUCAACACAUUUGAAAUGCUUCUUUGAGUAGUUUAACUCAUGAUGUGGUUCCGUGAUGGUGGACUGUAAAAGAUCAGUAGCUUCUGUAGCAUCGGUCCUGUUCUUUAUUCCAGAGUGAUUCCACAUUCUAUGCUCCAUGAAACUGGAAGACAUAGCAAGUAGUGUUCUUUUGUACAUUUGUAAAUGUUUUGCUUCUGUUACGUCCAAUUUUGUACAUAAAAAGUAAGGUGGGGUUUGGUAGUUUCAAGUAGAGACCGCUCUGAGAUUAUGUCGUCGCUCUGCUUUCUCGUGUUUGCGGAAAUCGUGGGUUAUCGUUUCCUGCAGACUUGACUCAGUUUGUCUGACUUCUACUUACCACACCAACUGUUGUGCCUGAAAUGUUUUCUCUGCUCUUUAGCCAAUGAGAAUCAUGAUGUUGAAGGUUGAGCCAAUAGAAAGCUGCCUCUGCUGUGUAGAAAUGGGUGCCAAUGGCUUCUUGUUCUCUGUAGGAGUAGCCAAUGAAGGAUCUGCCAAUAGAAGGGUGGCUUUCAGAUGGAGGACAAAAAGAGCGGCUUUCUGUUACUUAGAUGAGCCAAUAGGAUUCUCAUUCCACUGCCAAAGGGAAAAGGGCAGAGUAUUGAUCCGAAUAUGAGCUACAUACUGAAUGAUUCAGUCGACACCAACCGCAGAACUCAGAGCUGUCCAAACAUCAGUAGUCCGGGCACUCAGUCAGUAGCUCAUUUCCCAGGUCUCCCUCUGUUCUUUGUGUCCAGCUGCUUCCUCCGGCGGAUGUCUCACUUCCACAAAGUCUCAGCCAGGGAGAUCCAACUCAGCCCGUCUCCCAUCUCCACUGCUCACCCCCUCCUUCUCGCCGCACUGGAACAUUGUUCCUGAUGGCACUAGCUUUCGCUUCCAUUUGCGCUAAUGUGUUUUGCGUGUCUGCGGGAGCGUGUAUGAAUGUGUAAAUGCAGGUCAUUUGCUGUUAAAAUACCAGAGCACUGAAGGGUUCCUCUAGUAGAACGACUGUAGUUAAUGAACUUCAGAUUGUUUGAAUUAUAGUGCUGAAGCAAAUGAUGUUCAGCCGCUACAUACUUACCAUCACUGUUUGCCCUUUUCUUAUAUGUAAAUCAUAAUGUUGCUUCUUGUUUUGUUAUCACGGUACGUUCUCUCAUGUGCUGAAAAGAUUUUUGUAUGUUACAGUUUGUCAUUUCCAGUUUAUGUAACUUGACAUGAUCAUCUUCUGUGGUUAUUUUGCCUCUUGAUUCAUUUAUUCUUAAGUGCAGUUUUCAGACACACCAGUACAGUUGGAUAUAUAUUUAAUCCAUUAACGUUAUAUUAAGAGCCGCUUGUCGUUUCAGUAUUUUCAGUGAUUGUAUGACCGAUAACUGGAGGAACAUAUGUGACCCUGGACCACAAAACCAGUCUUAAGUCGCUGGGAUAUAUUUUUAGCAAUAGC